AUGUCUACUGUUCUGGACCCCAGCAACCCAAGUGUUAGCAAGCACGACAUGGCUCAGUGGCUUUACAAACAUGACAAGACAACUACCCUUCACUCCAAACUAAAUCGAGCACAGCUUGCCUCCAGAGUGCGGAAGGCGCAGCCGCAUCUCUUUCCAAACCCUGAUAGCGACGAUCCAGCCCUGGACUCCAAUGAUUUGCAGGGCCAACAACAGGAAUCAAGUGAUCAAUCAAAUGUGCUUGGGAGCAUGGAGGUUCAUAACCGUAUGCCUUCACCUUCCACGAGUGGUCGGAGUCCACAAGACUUGACAUCAAUCGCUACAAGUACUCCUCCUCCUCGUAAAGGAAAACGUGUUUCUUUCGAUCCGCCAUUCUCCACAUGUUACCUCGUACCUGAAGUCAAAUCGAAUCCUGCGGAUACGGGGCCUGCUCGAAAAGCAAAGCGAGUGUCUUCUGAUGAUCACGGUGGGUCUACCAUGAUGACAAAAAAAAGAAGAAGUACCAGUCUACCAAAGUCUACAGGUAGAGGCGUUUCAAAAUCAACUCCAGAAGUGGAAUCUACCUCUCUGCUAGAGAUAAAGGAUCGGCGCGAACAUAUCAAAGAGUUAAGUGCGCUUCAGGAGCCUCUGGUUCUUCCUGCUUUGAACACGUUAAGUAAUUGUGUAGAAGAUAAGACCAUGGAUUUGGCAGAACAAUUAAUUCCUCUUGGGUCAGAAGAGGGCAAACCAGCUACUCCAAGUACUCAUCACUAUGAAAUGGACUUGAUGGAAUUUCCCGAGUUAGAUAUAUUCAAAAGUGAAAAUCCCGGUACGUCUAACAAUAUUUCUUCUUGUUUGCUCCCAUGGGCGAUGCCUAAUCAUGCUGGAUCAUCCACACUUUUAGUAUUGGGAAGGAACAUCAAUCCAAUUCCUUUCAAACCCUCAAUUAAGCCGACUUCAGAGCUACCAGUACUUUUGGGAACAGACUACUUUCAAAUCCAAAGAAGUAAAGAAGAACAAGUUGCUGCCCUUGAAGAGCGUGUGGCAUAUUUCGAAGACAUGAAACAAAUCAUGGUCACUACUCAGACACGUUUAGACUUUUUAGAGACGCACGUUGAAAGACUAGAGACCGAAUUGCAUUACCACGUAUUUCUCAUCGUGUAUCGAAGUCAGCAAUCAAAAUUUUGUCAGCCGGCAACAGAUCAUCUUCCCCUCAGAGAAGAAGAAAUUCCAGAAAGGGACUUGAUGAUUCGCCAGACUGAAAGGCACUCAUCGUUCUACGCUGAUGCCAACACUCGAGGUUGUCACGUUUUGACAACAGCUAUUGCUUGUUUACAUGUAGCUAAAUGUAACAAGUCGAACAUGGGCAAGGGACGGAAGAAAAGCACCGGAGGCACAAGCUCAGGACCCACAAGCCCUUCAAACGAACAACUUGAGAUUAAUACCAAAGGCAAAGUUCCUAACUCUGCUCAACCAAAUACGCAGUUCGUGAAGGAUCAGACUUUUCCAAAAGUCCCUCCAAGCGCAGCAGGGGGAUUUGUGCGAGAUGACGUAGCAGCAAAGAAUCGAUCAACUCCUUUGGCUCUACAAAGCCAAGGUUGA